CAGACUUUGUAUAUCGGUGGGACGGCGGCGAGCGGCAGUGGCAACACACGACUCUCUCUUCGAUCCCAUCCAAUCGCCAAAGUAGUGACCUUAGCGCUACCGCUUCGCGCACUGUAGCGCCUGUCGUGUAACCCAGUUAGCUAGAUUUCGCGCGCCGCGCACCGAAAUAGAGACAUUUACUGGUGUGUUUCGCAAUCGAUCUGUUCGCUGUACCUGUGAUUAGUUAGUUGCGUUAGUGAUUAGCAGCUGUCACCAGGAUGCCGAAGUAUCAGGAUCCACCGCCGUACGGCCCACCGCCUGCAGCACCCCCCAGUUACGCACAAGCAGUUGGGGGUGUCCCACCCUCCAGCCCGUACGUGCCAAACCACUCGCUUCCCACCAAAGGACCGACAGAAAUCGUAACGACGUUAGUUCCUGUGGGUCCUAACCCCACUCAUAUGAUCUGUCCCUACUGCCAAGCCGAAAUCGACACAACUACCAAGUCAAAACCGGGUCUGAUAGCUUACAUAUCUGGAGCUGUAUUAUGUUUGAUAGGAUGUUUCUGGGGUUGCUGUUUGAUCCCGUGUUGUAUGGAAAAAUGCAUGGAUGUAGAACACACCUGUCCGAGCUGCGGCACAGAAUUAGGCACCUACAAACGAUAGAAGGCGUCAUCAGCAUAUCACCGUAUGAGAUCAUCCAUUGUUAACAAACUUUAAUCGACGAUGUAAAAUAGAAUUCGCGCAUAGGUGAAAUUGGGUAUUAUCUCAAACCACAUUGAAUAAUUUGGUGUGUAAAAACAGUGUUUUAACGAGAGUGUUUGAUCAUAUAAGUCGUUUCGGUGUACUCAAGAAACUUUCAUUCAAAUUGUAUCACGAUUGUACGAACUUACCUGUAAGUGAUGUACGAUUGUACGAUCUUAAUCAUGGAAGGCCUCGUCGAAGUAAAAAGCUCCCUCUCUCCCAUGUAUCACCCAGCUGUUGCAACAAAUACGCUUUGAAGAAAAUGAGUUUGGCCGAGAAACGGGGUACUACACCUGUUCAAUUUACGAGACGAGGCCGGAACAUAAUAUAGAUAUUCUGAUCACUGGGAUCGUUAACUACUUACCCCCGCACAAAAAGUGCCGAAUAUAUUUGAUUCGGCGGGACAUUUCGUAUAAAAUGUCUCUAAUAAAUGAAUCAUAAAUAAUUUAGAAAUGUAUGCAAAUAUUGUAUAAAACCAAUUACACCCGCUAAGUACGAGGGUCAUUUUUUAAGUAAGAGCCGUUUUGUAAUGGAGUCAGAGAAGCUUUAUUUAUGAACAUAUCACAAACUAGAAUAUGAACAUUUUUUUAAUUUUCAACAGCACAAUGAAUAUUUAAACAUUUGACAAGUCAUAGCACCAACUUUUGAAUCUCGUCGUCAAAGAACGCUGGAGCCUGACCGUUAAGCCAGCAAAAAACUGUUUAUUUCAACAUAUCAUUUUCCAAGCGCUAUCCGCCAAGAAAUUUCCUUAUGUUUGGAAAAAUAUUAAAGUCGGGGCUGUGUGGUGGAUGAACCAGUGAUUCCCAACGAAACUGAUCCAGUUCUUGCCGCAACGUAAGGCCGAGCGUUGCCGUGAAGCGGAACAGCGAUUUAAAAUCGUGGCAACCCUGUGAGACUCUGGCCAAGGGUAUCUGAGGUUGAAAAGACGAUACGUGGCAAGAUACGCAAUAGGUUCUUACUUUAAAAAUGGCACUUGUAAAUCACAACCAACUAAUAAGUAUGCAUAACAUAUAGUUUAACUGAUUGUUAGUUGUUUUAUUUUUAAUAUUUCACCACUAUAUUUAUUGUGUUCAGCGUUAUAGGAAUCUAGUGCGAUUAAUACCAACAUUACAAAAAUCCCGCAAUUUUGAAAAAUCAGACAAACUGACAACGUAAGUUUACAAAUAUUAUAGCAUUCGUGGGAUCGACUGAAUUAAAUGUAUGUUCAACUGUCCAUAAAUUCCAAUGAUGAGGCUGUUGCUCAUGAAAAAAAUACAUCAAAUUCAACUGAGAAUUGUGUCUUGGUCUACCAUUGUCUAUAAGGUUUUAUCAUUUACAACGUUUCUCUCUUCAGAAAAAUCAAGAAACAGAGAGUUGCUUAUUCUGGAACGCGUCGAAUAACCAUUUUUUUCUUAAUUGGGAUUUUCAAAUGCUUUAAAGGUCUAUUUUUGUGCAUUUAUCAUAAAUUACCGAAAAACUCGAGCUAGUUUAAUAUUUUAAUGUAAAAAGGUGGAUAAUGGUGUAUCCAUAGCUAUAGACAUUAUGAUUAUAAUUGACGUGCGCAUUAAAAAUAGAACAACACAAGGAUGAGUUUGUAUAUCUGUUAGUCUUUAUGUACAGUCGUGUAGUAACACCUAGAUAUAGUUUUUCAAUGUUGCUAUUGUUUUUAAUAAAGUUUAUUUUUGUAUUAGUUGUAAUUAAAUAAAAUGUUUUAUAUAUUUCAGUAUCCAUUAUUACAAUGCCUGCAAAUCACUUUAACCAUUCUUUAGAAUAAUAUCUACAAAAGCU